UGUCACUUAAUAGAAGAAGCAGUCAAAACAACAACAACCGUAAAAACAUUCAGCAAUCUGGAGCGAUUUAUUUGCCACAUGUCUACUGAGAAUGAUAAUGUGCAUUAAACGGAAUCACCUACAAACAUUUAACAACCGAUCUACCAACAAAGAGAAAAAUUUGCAGCGAAAACAACAGAUAAUUUUGAUUUGCAGGCCAUAGACUUGAGCAGCGGCGUCGACAAAGUAGGCGUUGCUAAAAGAAGUGAAGCUAAAAAGAAAACAAAAAAGUGGGUACCAUGAACGGCAGCUCCGCAGCAACUACUCCAACGCUUCAUAAAUUGUCAUCAUUGAAGCCGGCGCGUGAUUUGACAUUAGGUGGACGUGGAGGUGCCGCUAACGCUAAUGCAGCAAAAAAAGUAUUCACGCCCAACCUCAAUGUGGUGCGCAACAAAAACACCAAUGUCAAAACGUCCAAAGACACAACAGUGCGCGGUCGCGGAGCCGGCCGAGGCGGGCGUGGGGGACGUGGUAGCGCGCGUGGUGGACGUGGAGGUGCUGCUGGCGGCGCUAAUUCAUCACUCAUACAAACUACCGGCGUAUUCUCAGAGGGUGCUGGGGCAGUCAAUAUACGCAAGCCGAGCUCAGGUGGUUCAAGCUUCGGUGGUCGAUCCACCGACGAUGCACCUUCACAAAUGCGUAGGCCAACAAUUAUUAAAAGUGAAAAAUUGAAAAAAAUUGAUUUAAAAGCUGAUGACGAGCAUAUACGGGAAUUGCUUGGUGAUUCAGACGAAGAUGAUUUCGGAGAUGAAAAGACUGACUUGGAGCAGAUACCGGUCAAACUAAAUGAGAUCAAAUGGAAAUCCCCUAAAGUCGAAAUUAAACUUGAAAAGCUAGAGGAUGGAAUAAAUGGUGAAGCUGCUGAAAAUGUUGAAGACUUCGAACCUGCCGUCAAUAUUGCUCAACAAAUACAAUCGUUGGUUAAGGAGCAACAACGCACAAACAGUGCCUUGGCGCGAUAUCCUGCGUCCAUUGGUGAGCUACUGGACUUGCCACAAUCUCAGCUGUUUCUGCUACAGCUGCCAGAUGCACUACCAUGUGAAGACGAUGUAGAGGAAAUCGCUGAAAAGACGCUUCACGAAAAGAAUGCUGCAACGGAUACGCCUUCCACAUCACAAAAUCCACCCGCUGCGAAACCGCCGCCAAAACGCAUGUCGCUCAAAGAGAUGGAGGAAGGUAAAAUUGGCAAAUUGCUACGUUACAAAUCGGGAAAAGUAAAGCUAGUUUUCGGUAAUACAUAUUACGAUUUGGGCAUGGGCAUGGAAACGGGAUUCUUGCAAGACCUCAUGUCCAUCAAUACGAAUCGGGAAGAACGCAGCGGUAAUAUGAUUAAUCUGGGAGCCAUUCAAGCCAAAAUCACCGCCACACCUGACUGGGAACAUUUAAUGGAACAGGAGGAACGGCGGCAGCGGCCAAAACCGGCAUAGCAUCGCAAACAUUUUAGUUUACUUUUAUAUAAAAUUAGCUAUGUAUUAUCUGUUUUAUUAAUUUAACAGCUAUUAUUCAUAGAUAUUUAACUAUAGUAAAAGCUUCCACGAAAUAGACGUAUUUUGAGAAAUUAGGUAGGUAUGGCUGCAGAAUUACGAACAAUGUGUCCUAUUUCUGGCAAUGCUGUGUGCUAAACAAAAAGUUAAAAUUUGUAAAUGGUGAAGCAGCAUUUAAAUGAAUACUGUUUGUGUUUGCUAAUCUUAUUUUGAUGACCACUAAGCAUGCUUGAUAUUGUGUUAAAAUAUUUAUUAUCGAAAUGAAAAAUCAAAUCAAUCUUUGAAUAUCAAAAACGUUGAAACGGAAAUUAUAAAUUUUAGUUAUGUACAUUUAAGCCAUACAAUUCCUAUAUUCAAUAUAGUUUUGUUAUAUACUCAAGUCGAAAAGGUGAUUUGAACACGGCAACCAAAAUAAAAAUUUGAAUGCAAAGUUAUCAUACUUUUUAUAUGUA